GUCGGUAUCCUAUUAAACAGAUCGAUCGAUCCUCAAAAAGUUACUCGAGAAGAGCAUUGGAAAUCGCCACUUACAGCCCGCAAAUAUGGCCGACGGAAAGAUGAAGGCAUUGCACUACGACGGACCUUUUAAGGUCUCGGUCAAAGAGAUUGACAUGCCUAAGAUCCAGCAUCCAGAUGAUGCGAUCAUCAAGGUCACAACCACCUGCAUUUGUGGUUCGGAUCUUCAUAUGUACGAAGGGAGAACGGCAGCAGAGUCUGGUCUCGUCUUUGGACAUGAGAACAUGGGCAUUAUCACCGAAGUCGGUCCCGGGGUGACCCUCUUGAAGAAAGGAGAUCGAAUCGUCCUACCAUUCAAUGUGGCCGAUGGAAGAUGUCAAAACUGCGAGGAGGGCAAGACGGCAUUCUGUACAGGCGUCAAUCCGGGAUUUGCGGGCGGAGCAUACGGAUAUGUGGCCAUGGGUCCAUAUCAAGGUGGCCAAGCUCAAUACCUGAGAGUCCCAUAUGCUGAUUUCAACGGCCUGAAAUUGCCUCCAGGAACUGAGAACGAAGCGGACUUUGCCCUCCUAGCAGAUAUUUUCCCAACCGGCUGGCACGGUCUGGUCCUCAGUGGAUUCAAGCCUGGAGAGUCCGUCGCGGUCUUCGGUGCUGGUCCUGUUGGAUUGAUGGCUGCAUAUUCGGCGGUGAUCCGUGGCGCGUCUAAUGUGUUCGUCGUCGACCAAGUCAAGGAGCGAUUAGACCAGGCGGUAAAGAUUGGCUGCAUCCCUGUCAACUUCCGUGACGGCGACCCAGUCGAGCAGAUCAUCAAGAAGAAUGGUGGCAUGGUUGAUCGCGCGGUUGAUGCUGUUGGGUACCAGGCAGUCGACAAGGGCGGAAACAAGGAACAGCCAAACAUCGUUCUCGACCAACUGAUCAUGGUCACUCGUCCCACUGGAGGUCUCGGAAUCCCAGGUCUCUAUGUGCCCAGCGACCCAGGCGCACCAGACGCGCAGUCAGGGAAAGGCCAGAUCCUGCUAAGUUUCGGAAAGCUGUUCGAGAAGGGACUGUCGCUCGGUACCGGCCAGUGUAACGUGAAAGCGUACAAUCGAUACCUCCGCGACCUGAUUAUCAGUGGCCGCGCAAAGCCAUCCUUCGUCGUAUCCCACGAACUCGGUCUCGAAGAUGCACCAAUGGCAUACGACAAGUUCGACAAGCGUAUCGAAGGAUUCUCGAAAGUGUUGUUGCAUCCGAAUGGUCCUCUCUCGUAGGCGUAGGCGUAAAAUGUAGCCAGAUAACCUAGCGAAUUGUGCUCAAUUCCUUCAAUCCUGCUCUUGCACCACCUUAGCAGACACAAUCCUGACCUCCUCUUCCGGUCUAUCCUCAGCUCCAGUCUUAACAAGCCCCAUGCGCUGUACCACCCUCAUCCCACUCUGAACCCUCCCAAAAAUCGUAUGUUUCCCAUCCAACCAAGGCGUAGGCGCAAGCGUAAUGAAGAACUGUGACCCAUUCGUAUUCGGUCCGGAGUUAGCCAUACUCAGGAUCCCAGCACCAGUAUGUUUCAAAUCCCCCCGAAUCUCAUCCUCAAACUUUUCCCCCCAAAUACUUUCCCCACCUCUUCCCGUACCUGUGGGGUCACCACCUUGAAUCAUGAAAUCUGAGAUUAUGCGAUGGAAAAUCGUGUUGUUGUAGUAAUUUCUGCUGGCGAGGGUUUUGAAAUUUUGACAGGUUUUCGGGGCGUGUUGAACGUAAAGUUCGAGGGUUAUGGGGCCCAUUGUUGUUUCCAGAAGGACGGUGGACAUUUUUGAAAGG